AACUCCUGUUGAAGGGUUCAUGGCAUUUCCCACAUUAGUUCUGGUCAACUCGAAUGGAAUGGCGGUGUUGGCAGUUGCGUAAUUCGCGUUUUUCUCUACAAUCAUCGUAUCGCUUACAAUUAGGCAACCGGUUUCAAAUGAUUUUACGGAAACUCUGUCUGGCGCAAUGGAAUUGGCCAACGUUGUAGCAGAAUUUCAACCAAGCGAUGUCACUCAUUUGCCCGAAUCGAAACCGACAAGCAAUUACGAAAUGGAUUCGUACGCGCCGACCUUAAAUCAAAUAAUCAAAACGAGCGACUUUAUUUCAUGGUCAUACCAAAUUGCUCGAGGCACGGAAUUCUUGACCAGCACAAAGGUUCUGCACGGCGAUUUGGCCGCCCGCAAUGUCCUUUUGGCCGAUCACGGAAUCGUCAAAGUGGCCGAUUUCGGAAUGUCAAGGCAAAUGAAUGAUUACAAUUACGAAAAAAAUGGAGUGGAAUUUAUGCCAGUCAAAUGGAUGGCCAUCCAAUCCCUGACGGAUAACAUUUUUUCCAGUCAAUCGGAUGUCUGGUCUUACGGGAUUGUCCUGUGGGAAAUCUUUUCCCUGGGCAAAAUGCCGUACCCAGGUGGGGGAAAUGAAUAAGUUGAAUGUUUAAAAUUAACCAAUUCCACACCAUUUUCCAGGAAUGGAAAAUGACUUUGCAAGAAGAGAAAUUCAAAAUGGAUACAGGAUGGAAAAACCGGAAUAUUCGCCCAAUUUCUUCAGAGAUAUGAUGAAAAGCUGUU